AUGGCUGUUACAGAUAAUAUAGCAGCGAGUAACUUUACAUCUGGGGACAACAAGUCUUACACCAUCACUGGACAGGCAUCCUGGGUUACUGAUGGUGUGACGUCAGGACCGUGUGCAUCAGUCUCGUCCUUAUACCCAGCAUGGGAGGCGGAGUUUACACAGAGCAGGACAGUUACCAGGAUCAAGAUAUUCUGGGAAGAUCAACAGGAUGACAUACAUGUGUCUGUAGAUGGAAGAAUAUGUCACAUCGCGAACUCUUCCUACAUGUGGGAAGCAGAGUACACCCUGGAGUGUGAUGUACCCCUGACGGGGAUCCAUCUCCGGAUAUAUCGCCAACCUACAGCUAGCAUGCUGAAUCUGAGUUUCUGCGAGGUGGAAAUAUACGCUGACCCGAUAGUAACGUCCUCUACCAUGUCUACUAUGUCCAAUACAGGAGAGUCAACAACCACCACCACGUCCAUAACAACGACCAAGCCCACGACAUCAUCCCAAACAAGCACCGCUGCACCAGUUCCAACAGAGACCUCAACAACGUCGCAAACAAAACCAACGACACAACCUGCUGUUGCAGAUACAGGGACGAUGAUUGGUGCAGUAGUGGGAGUGGUCGUGCUGCUGCUGAUUAUCGUCGUAGUGGCAGUUGUCUGCAGAAAUGGAAUUAAAAAAAGGUAUAACCCAAAGGAUGCAGAAGCCAGAGCUGCCGUGAGGAAUCAAGCAAUUAAGAUGGAUGAAGUCGAACAGCCGAACUCAACAGUGUUUGAUCUUAAUGAGUUCAAAAGUGUGGCACUACCUACUUACCCGGAGGAAAAAUCUGCGUCUCUUAACGGAUCCCUCCAGAGCCACAUCCCUAGUGCUGUUAGUGUGGCGAAUCUCCCCAGCUACAUCAGAGAGAAGCUGGAUGCUAACAACGCCACGGAGUACGCGGCAAGUACCUUCCCAGUUUCAUCUUAUGGAUACACAAGGCAAUUUAGAUAUUGAUCAAACGUAACAGGUGUUAAAUAUAGGAUUACACUUUCUCAGCAAAAUACAGAUUCUAGUACCUUUGAUGGGUUGAGUCCCAUCCGGG